AUGAUGCAGAGGAAGCUGGCGCUGCUGAUUGGCAUCGGUGCCUUGACCAUCCUACUUAUCCUGAGGUGGGAGCACACGAUAACCCUGAUGAACAGAGAGACAGCCUCAGUACAGUCUGCACUGCAGCCAUGGCAAUGGGCACCCACGGACACCAUCACCCCCAUCCCAGGCUCCAGGCACCUCAUGGUAUCUGCCUUUAAGGACCACAGACUGGGCGGGGCCAUCAGGGUGAUCAGCAUCAUCUGCAGGCAGGAGCGCCAGCCGCUCUACUGUGUACUGUGUGCUAACACUGAUGCCAAUUCCAAGGCUGAUGCUAAAGCUAACGCUGAUGCCAAUUCCAAGGCUGAUCCUAACGCUGAUGCUACUGCUAACGUUGAUGCUAAGGCUGAUAGGCCUCUGGGUCAGUGCACAUUUUUACAGGCAAAGGUUGACGUGCACAGCGAAAGCUUCGGCUUUUCUUUUGUGACUUCAGACGUGUUGUGUAUGAGUCCAGCGUUACAGCAAGCCACACAUGUCAGCAUAACAGCUAACCCAUACGCCAGUUUGACAUUUUUAUCAAUCCAAAACCAGGAGGUCAAGGAAUCCUUUAAGUACAACUUUACUGUAUGCAUAUCUAACAUUUUUGGGGAGUACAAUAAUGCCCUCCAAUUUGCACAAACCAUGGAGGUGUACAAGCUUAUAGGGGUGCAGAGGGUUGUCAUCUACAACACCAGCUGUGGACCAGACAUAGAGAAAAUUCUCAAGUACUACAGUAAAGAGGGCAUGCUGGAGGUUGUGCCUUGGCCAAUAGACAAGUUCCUAACGCCCUCUACUGGGUGGAAAUAUGACUUACACCAUGGGGACAUUCAUUAUUAUGGACAGCUAACCACUCUGAACGAAUGCAUGUACAGAUACAUGUACCAGUCAAAGUACCUCCUGCUGAAUGACAUUGAUGAGAUCAUUAUGCCUUACAAGCAUGCCAACCUGGAGAAGUUAAUGGGCACUUUACAGCAGCAGCAUCCCAACGCAGGGGUCUUCAGGAUCGAGAACCACAUAUUCCCCAAAACGCAGUUUGAUGACAGCGGCCGAUUUCGCCUGCCUCGGUGGAGGAGUGUGCCUGGUGUGAACAUCCUGGAGCAUGUCUACCGAGAGCCGGACAGGAAGCACGUGCUUAACCCCACCAAGCUGCUCAUCAACCCCCGGAGCGUGGAGCAGACUUCAGUACACUCUACACUGAAGCAGUUCGGACUCGUCUUUAACGUCCCAUUCGAUGUAUGCCGCAUCAUCCAUGUCAGGGUGCCACUGCAAGGACAACUCUCCAAAGACCAGCUGUUUGUCGACAAGAAACUCUGGGAAUUUGAGAAGCUUUUGAUUCCCAGUAUUGAUCGUGCACUGAAUGAAUCAGGUGUGUUGUGAAUUACUGAUGCUUCCUACGGUGACAAAGCCGUUUGGUAACGCUGUAUAUAUUAUGUUUUGACUCACAUGCCGCAAAAAAACAAACAAGCCAGAAAAAAAAAAACCUUUGUAACAGUCCCGAAGCGUGACAAAUUUAAUGGAGGAGGCCCAACACAUUUUUUUCUUUCUACAGGUACACGACGUUAAGCAUCACGGUGCUAAACUUAUGCUACAGUGAUACAAACGGUGUGUCUAAUCACUUCACACCACAAUAAUUAGGUGUUUAUAAUACUCAGUUUCAUUGUCCAAAUCAAGUCGUCUCUUAGGGAAGGACGGGGUUGGUUGUCACACUCACUAUAUCUCGCCACCAGAAAGCGCAGUCUCCAGAAUUUUGGUAUGAAAAUUUCCAGAAUUGGGAUCAGAACUCACCUACAUAGUCUUCCCUGGAGUAAGACAGCUGAACUUGAGUUGAGAGGACCUUUUGUGUUUUUCAUGUCAAAUUGAAAAUAUUCAGCUCCUCAGUAUUUUUCUUCUAGGCUUUUACACAAUGGGUUUAUAACAAAACAAUUGUUACCCUUAAAAAGUGUGAUGGGAAAGCUAUAGUUUAGAUUGUUGUUAGCUAGCUAACUAGUUGUUAGAUGGUUGUUAGCCUUGAUCCUAGCAGCCUUCCCCUCCACCCCUCCACCAACCUACCCCACCCCACCAUACCCCACCCCCCUCUGUAUAUGACACACACAUUUUUUCUGUUUGUUACACAUUUGUCUACAUAACUUCUGUCUAAAGCGCAAUUUAUGGUCGUCCGUUUACGGACACACAGAGACACGGAGAGCCCUCUUCGAGCACCUCUCCGUGGCCUGACGUGCACCUCCGACUCCGUCAAUACAUCGGUAUUAAUGCUUUACAACACCCACAACUGUCGGAGAACCAUGAAUGAAAGCGAGUCCGUCGAGGCAACUGCGUGACCACGGAGUAACAGAGUUGUAGAAGUAUAUUUCGGCCUUAAAUCCUGGUCCUUGUGUGUUAUCUCAAGUGUUAUAUCAAGUGUAAUUUGAAAAUUAUACGGAGAUGCCAACCAGUCUGCCUGUUUUUUUUUUUUUUUUUUGAUUGUUUGUUUUUUAAUACUACACAUGGAUCAUGAUUGGUGAAAUAUUUACCAUAAACAACCUCACAUUUCAGCUUUUGUUGUGUUGAUCCCUCAACCAGUUAGAUAUGAGUUUGGGAAAAAAAAGGUCCAUUUGGGCACGCACGCACGCACGCACGCACACACGAGCGUACACCUCUAGAUGAGAGUGUCCACAUUUCCACAGGCCUGACCUGCGUUGUGUGUCUGUAAACGUAUCGUGCUCAAACUGUGGCUAGCCCACCAAGGAGAUGACACACACACACACACACACACACACACACACACACACUCUGGACCCAUCUAUGGGCAAACAGACAGGCUUCUGUUUUCUAGAGGUUCACAUGUUGGUGAUCAUGGCAUUGUUCAGCAAUGGAGUUGAUGAAACACACACACACACACGGUUCAGUAAAUUAGUUGAUAAAAACCUAAACAUUUGCUUGUGUCUUACUGUAGUAAGUGUACUUAACCCUGUGUCACACCGUUGUGUUUCUUUUUUUUUUGGUUGUUUGUUUAUUGAGAGAGAGUGAGGUUAUGUGUGUGUGUGUGAGAGAGUGAGUGACUUUGCUUUUUUGUCUGUGUGGAAAAAAAUGUGUGUGUGAAAUGAGGUGGUGGCAAGUAUGACCUUUUUUAGUGCAGUUAUUGGUUUUGAUUACACAGGGAAACAAAAAGAUGCUAAAAGCGCUACUUUACAUGUUGGUGUGCUUGUGGUAAAGCAGCAAUACGGAGUUCUGUUCCAAAACUAGUAAGCUAACUACCUAAAAGGCAUGCAAAAAACUUGCAAACACCACCAACA